UCUCUUUACAAGUAUCAGCAACUACAAUGACUGGAGCGACUUGGGGCGACCUUAUGUACCCUAGGGGCGGAGCUUCAGAUGCCGAAACAGAAGAAGAAAAAAGGAAAAAUGAAGCACAGAGCUUUAUCCUCUUUGGAAGAAGAACAGGAGAUAGUAACGCCCUCAAGAUUCCAGCCUCUUGCUACGGCUACGCAAUUGGAACAAGAAGGUGCCAUGGGUGAAGAAGAUCUGAAAAUGCUUUCGGAAACACAUCAAAGGACAGAUAUCAGAACAGCUGCUUUUGAAGAUAAUGAACUGCGACUGAGGUCGGUAGCUUUUUCUUCUCAAUUUGCAUGCUAUGAAUCUAUUCUACCAGAGCCCACAGAUUACGAUGUGCUUGGUGCCAGGCCAAGAAAGUUUCCACAAACGGCAAAGCUUUUUCACCCCCACGCAGAGAGAGAAGUAAUUCAUUAUUCUUCUCAAAGCCCUGAGCUCACCCAGCAUGAGAUGGCCAUCAAAUCCUAUCGUGAGCAUGUAAAAUAUUAUGAAAAUGAACUGUCUCGAUUUAAGAGAGAUUUGUUUAUGCUGGAACAAGAAAAGACAGAGUCCCGUGACUUAAGAUUUUCAAAAGAGGCCAUCUUGUCUUCUUCCUCAGAGCCAAAGACACUCCCCCUGGUGGAUUUUGUGUCAGGCCAAUCAGACCAGAGGGCACUGCAUACGUCACAUGAAAGUCUCCCUGAUCAAGUUACACAUGUCUUACAUAACCACUCCUACUCAAAAGCAUACAAUGCCCCGUAUGCAAAGCUGCCCGAAGCUAAAGGUGCAGCGCCAUCUGCUGGCAAAAGUAAUUUACUACAGGAAGCUGAAAGAGAAAGGAGCUUAGAUGAACAUUUUAAAUUACUACAGCAGACCCUGGCAAACCUGUCUCUAACUCACUCAGAGAUUCAAGCUGAAACGCCACAAGUGUCUCCACGGGCUCAAACUCCAACACCCCCUGGUGGUGAUGGUGCCUUUUUAGAUGGAACACAGGCACGCUUUAUGAAGCAAAGGCAAAUGAUUGCAUCUCCAGCAGGUCAUGCCAAUAUUGCAGCUCAAGCACAAAUGGCAACUGGAAUACAGCAGAUUCCAGUGCAUCAGCCACAGCAGCUACAAAUGCCUGCAUAUGUGCCCCAGCCACAAGUGCAAAUAGGGCCACCUCCUGGCCCACCUCCAAUGGCACAACCAAGACCAUUUUUAGGUCCACAACAGGCACAGCAAAUACCACAGGCAUUUCUGCCAGCACAGCCAGCAUACCAAGUGCAGGCUCCUUACCAGGCAUUUUCUGUCUCUCCACUAACUGGUGAGUCAAAACUAAAAAUGUCAGGACACAAUUACAAAGCCUGGGUCAGUGAGAUUACACUAUUGCUUCUUAGAGAAGGCACUCAUUUUAUGGUUUUUAACCCUCCUGCUCAACCUUGGACUUAUGCAAUAAGAGAUUUAGAGAUAAGAGCUCAUACAACAUUAUUGAUGUCCAUGGAUACUGAACUGCAGGUCACUUUUCCACCAAACACAACAGCCCGACAAAUUUGGGCUGAAUUGGAAAAUUGCUACAGGCCUAUCUCAAUUGAAUCUUCAUGUUUACUCAUGUCUGAACUCCACGGUUCGAGAUUGAAACCUGGUGAACAAAUUGGAGGACAUUUGACCAAACUGAAAGGACUGAGAACAGAAUUGAGAGAAAGAGGACAUAACAUUGAAGAUAUUCAAAUGAUCAGCAUCAUUAUUAACUCUUUGAAUUAUGAAUGAAAAGAUGCUGUUACAAAAAUUAACCA